AUGAAGGAGAGAAUGACGGAAGCUUGCAUCCGAACCGCCGUAGAAGCCAUACACUCCUCUCCAUACCAAGCUGUUCUCUAUCUUGCCGGUGGAGCUUCUCAGGCUCUAGGUUUACUGCUAUCUGUUCCUGGUGCCUCAAAUACCGUGCUCGAAGCUGUCGUUCCUUACUCUAGAAUGUCUUUGAUCCAGUUACUUGCCAAGAUUCCAUCCCAAUUUUGUAGUCAACAGACUGCCGAAGAUAUGGCUUUAUUGGCUUACAACCGUGCUCUUAAACUCUCCACUCCAGGAUCCCCGGUUGUUGGCGUGGGCUUCACUGGUUCUUUGGUGAGCAGUCGCCCGAAGCAUGGGGAACACAGAUUUUAUAUGUCAACAAGGACAGCCAACCGACUUUGGAUAUCAAGAGUGACCUUGACCAAGGGGCUUCGUACUCGAGAAGAAGAAGAUAGAGUUUCUAGUCAUCUUUUGCUCAAGGCUAUUGCAAAUGCAUGUAAGGUUUCUUCAAACGCUAUUCCGGAGAUGAGUGAAUCGGAUGUGUCUGAUGAAUGUGAAAAGCAAUUCAAUGAAGAUCAAGAGUUAGAACAACUUAUUAAUGGUCAAAUAUGCUUCAAGAUUUAUCCAUUUAGAAGUGAGAUACCAGCAGAAAGGAAAAUAAUACUGCCUGGUUCUUUCAAUCCCUUACAUGAUGGGCAUCUAAAGCUCAUGGAAGUCGCAACUCGCAUUUGUGGUGAUGGGUAUCCAUGCUUUGAAAUAUCUGCGGUCAAUGCAGACAAACCUCCAUUAUCAGUGUCUCAAAUCAAAGAUCGUGUCAAUCAAUUUGAGAAAGCUGGACAGACAGUAAUUAUAUCAAAUCAGCCUUAUUUUUAUAAAAAGGCUGAACUUUUUCCGGGAAGUGCUUUUGUAAUUGGUGCUGACACAGCAGUGAGGCUUGUUAAUCCUAAAUACUAUGAUGGGGACUACAACAAGAUGCUGAAGAUACUUAUUGGCUGUAAAGAAACAGGCUGCACCUUCCUUGUGGCUGGUCGGAAUGUAGAUGGUGUAUUUAAGGUUCUUGAGGAUUUGAAUGUUCCAGAGGAACUAAAAGACAUGUUCAUCUCCAUUCCAGCUGAACAGUUCCGCAUGGACAUAUCCUCUACUGAGAUAAGGAAAAAAAGCGGGAUGUAA